AUGCAUCUCAACAGUCCUGCUGGAAGGUCGAUUCUGGGUGGAGAUACCCCAGCUCAUGGUGGCAUUUCAUCGAUUCUUGGAAGUCAUGGCGGUCCUUCAUCGAUUUUGACCCAAGGAGGUCCGCAAUCGGUUUUGGGUCCGAGUUCUCUUAUAAACCCGAGUUUGUUGAAUUCAUCGCAGUUGCACAGUCAACAAGGCAGUUCGCAGAUCGGAUCUAAUAUGAUGUCAAAUAAUUUGAAUAUCAACCCAAACUCGGUGCUCAGUGGUCCCGGAUCAGUGGCGCAUGAUAUGAAUCCGCCAUCUGUUGCGUAUCAGAGUUUAGCAGUUCCGAUGACACCACUCAAUUAUCAUCAUGAGCAAUAUCGAGAUAAUAUGCUGGCUCCCCAGAGCAACAUCCCGACGACAGCGAUGCCUCAGACUCCUGCGAGCCAACUUGACAUACCGAUGCCUACCCUGCAAAAUAUUGUAUCCACAGUGAACUUGGGAGUUCAAUUGGAUUUGAAGAAAAUUGCGUUGCAUGCGAGAAAUGCCGAAUACAAUCCAAAGCGUUUCGCAGCGGUUAUAAUGCGAAUUCGCGAGCCGCGAACAACUGCGCUCAUCUUUUCAAGUGGAAAAAUGGUUUGCACAGGUGCAAAAUCAGAGGAAGCGAGCAGACUUGCUGCUCGAAAAUAUGCAAGAAUUGUGCAGAAACUCGGAUUUCAGGCUAAAUUCACAGAAUUUAUGGUUCAAAAUAUGGUCGGAUCUUGUGAUGUCCGAUUUCCAAUCCAACUCGAAGGUCUUUGUCUUACCCACGCUCAGUUCAGCACUUAUGAACCUGAAUUGUUCCCCGGUCUGAUCUAUCGAAUGGUGAAACCUCGUGUUGUGCUUUUAAUUUUCGUCUCGGGAAAAGUCGUCAUUACUGGCGCAAAAACAAAGAAGGACAUUGACGAUGCCUUUAAUCAAAUUUAUCCAAUUCUCAAAGGAUACAAAAAAUAA